AUGUCUCGCUUCUUUAAGAAUUGGAAAUUUUACAUCAUUGAUAUCAAAAUACCAAAAGACAGGCUAGAAACUUGCAACAAUCAAAUAAUUACCCACGGUGGACAGCUUGUAGACAAUAUAGAAUGUGCCGAUGUUGUAUUGACUAUCUUAAAAACUCCUAUUCGAUUAGCGCGAUAUGUACCAGAAACUCGGAAACCUAUAUGUUCUAUUGACUGGGUUGCAGAAUGUCAAAAAAAUGGAAAGAGAGUACCAUAUGAUGGUUAUUUAAUAUCUUUGAAUUCUGAAAUGCCUCACGAAACUUCACGAUCUUUCCAAAAGGAUGAACUUGGUGAUCUAAUGAUUGAUAUUAGUCAGUCUGAAUCAAGCAGUAGCAAUGAAAGUCAUUUUCCAAGGACUUCUUCUGAUUUGGGACAAAGCUUUACUGAUGAACAAAAUUCGGAUAUAGAAAUUGUAGACGAUUUACAUCCUCGUUUCUUAAACACUAAAUACGAAUGCUUUCGUCCUACACCACUUACGCCCGUACACAACCAAUCUCUCGUGGAACUGCUCCAAGUGAUAGAACAUGCACGUGAAUUGGAUGGCGAAGGGAAGAGUGCAUUGGCAUAUCGUCACGCGAUUUCAGCCUUAAAGGUUUAUCCAUGCGAUAUUAGAAGUUACAACGAAGCUCGGAAGAUAAUAGGAAUUGGACCAAAAAUUGGUAACUAUAUAAGAGAAUUUUUAUCAACAGGUUCAAUUACCGAAGCCGAAGAAAUUAUGGCAAGCGAAAAAUAUCAAACUUUGGAUCUUUUUUCAAGUGUUUAUGGCGUUGGUCAUAAAACAGCCUUGUCAUGGUAUCGAAAAGGUUAUAGGUCAAUGAGAGAAUGCAAUUGUGAUCCGCAUUUAACUCAUCUUCAGAGAUUAGGUUUGGAACUAUUUGAUGAUUUUCAGAAAAAAAUGUCAAGACAAGAUAUACAAGAAAUCCUAAAUAUUUUAGAUAAAGAGGUUAGGUCUAUUUAUCCUGAUUGUAUAAUAACUCCGGUUGGGGGAUAUCGUCGCGGGAAAGAAUUCAACGGAGAUUUAGAUGUCGUCAUAUCACAUCCUCAAGAGGAAGUCGCGAAUAACUUGUUAAAUGAUAUAGUAGAAAGGCUUAUAGAUUUAGGAUAUUUGAAACAUAAACUUUUUUACGGACAGUUAAGUGCAAAAAAUAAAAAGAAUAUUUCACACGUACAUUUUUCUUUUCACAGAAAUGUCAUGGAUAAACUUGAUAAGUGCUUUUGUGCUUUUAUCCAACCAAGUUCACAAAUAUGUCGACAAGUAGACCUUAUAAUAGCCCCUUAUUCUCAAUAUCCAACAGCGGUUCUUGGUUGGACAGGUGAGGAAUGUCUGUUGUUCUAG